GCUAUCCAACCACACUAUCUGAACGAACGGAUGGUGGCUGGCGUAAUCUCAAGCCGAUUAGAUGGGAUCAGCCUCGUAAAGGAGGAGGAGAAGGAGGUCCCCGGCAGAUACCAGGGCCAGCAAUGGUCGGCUUCAGAGCGUUCACUGCCCAAGAAGACGCUGCGGCUCGAGCAAUCGAGGUCGUCCUUCAGGACAUACGAGUCUGGCUCAAUGCCCACGAGGGUGUCGUUGAGUAUGUGCAGGUCCUCCACAAUAUCAUAGACAGAGUCGUAUUCAGUGUUGCAGUGGUCAUAGCGGGGAAUAGACGGGAUGGGGUUGCUGCAGUGGUCCUCGAAGCCCUUAACGAAGGCAUUGAUCAGUUAGCAGCCUUUAUGGAUGGGGUGCCGGAGGACGACCAAACCGGCGAUUUGUUCUUUCACCUAAUAGACCUCAUGGGGACUGUUAACGAACUUAAGAGGUUAUUGUCCGGGUGAAGCCGACAUUGCGGCAGGUUAUAGGGGCUUCUCAAAGUAUGGAAUUUCUUGGCAUGGCGGAAUAGUAGGUCGAUCAACCACAUAGUGGCUUUUGUAGAGAGAGUGACCCUCGGAUUUGCGUCGAACGGCAGCUGUACGAUAUGAAAGUGCCUUGCAUUUGCCCUUACGAGUAUGUUGUUCAUUAAGUGAAACCCGGUCCGGCUGAAUGAACGCACACCUAUCAGCACCCAAUGUUUUUUCUUCACUCUCUGCAUUUGUGCAUCAUCAACAUCCGAUACCUCUCCAGCCGCAUGGUCUUCUCAGGGCACCGUUCCGAAAUAAGUACUCGUGAGCUCG